GCGGCUCAGCGCUCUGAACUCCCGCAAACACCCGCAAACUGACUGAUUUUAUGCGGGAGCCUCCGUCCGGACAGCGGAGCAGCCAGCGGGAGGAGGAGGAGGAGCAGCAGGAGGAGACUCUGCAGGACAAAGUGUGCGAGUUUCAGGCUCGGUUCUGUUCGGAGGAGGUUUCCCGUCAGCAGCGGUUGCAGCAUCAGGCUGUGCAGCAUCAGAAGGUGGGAGGAGCUCGGACGCUGCAGGAGGAGCAGUUCUUGGCCACGCCCAAAGGUGUGAAGCAGCUGCAGGCCUCUGCAGCUUCAGGUUCUUUCAGCCGUGCAGAAGAGGAGCAGCUGGUGUUUCGGCUGCGUUCACAGGUGGAGGAGCUGGAGGAGAAGCUGUUGGAUCAGACCCAGGAGGUGGAGAGACUUCGCUCUGAACUGGGGGCGACGGACCUGGAGAAGCAGCUGGAGCGGCUGCUGGUGGAGAACGAGCGUCUGAAGCAGGAGCUGAAGUCAUGCAGGGGUUCCGAGGGUCAGAAGCUCGACGCCGCGGCCGAGAGCUGCAGCCGCUGCCCCCACGCUCAGGAGGUGGAGGCCCUGCGCAAGGAGGUGUCGCGCUGGGAGAGCCGGGCCCAGCAGAGGGAGCAGCGGCUGGCGGAGGUAGAGGAGGAGCUGAAGGAGAAGAGCUGCAGGCUGGAGGCUCUGCAGCAACAGCUGGACGAGUCCAGGAGAAGACGGACCGACAGCGAGCGCCAGCUCCAUCUCCGUCUGCAGGAAUGUGAGGAUGAGCUGGUCAGACGUGCAGCGGCGCCCUCUAGAGUCAAGUUUGUGACCCAGACGGUGGAGGUGGAGUCGGCAGACUCUCAGAAAGCUGUGGUCGAGAUGCAGGUGAAGAACGGCGCCCUGCAGGAGCAGCUGUCUGCGCAGAAGCAGCUGCUGCGGGAGCUGGAGACGCAGCUGCACGAGUCCCAGCGGACCUGCACUCAGCUGCGGACUCAGAUCCAUGUUUACGAAGGCGAGAUGCAGCGAGCUCAGGGUCAGCUGGAGGCGGAGAUGCAGAACCUGGAGGAGGAGAAGAACCGUGUGAUCGAGGAGGCCUUCAUCAGAGCUGAGAGCGAGAUGAAAGCCGUUCAUGAGAACCUUGCAGGUGUGAGGAUGAACCUGCUCAGCCUGCAGCCGGCUCUCAGGACUUUGACGUCGGACUAUAACUGUCUGAAGAAGCAGGUUCAGGACUUCCCCUCCAUGCUGGAUAAAGCCAUCUCUGAGGCCAAGCAGGAGAUCUGCCAGGUGAUCAGUGAUGUGAGCAGCACCAACCAGGAGCUGCUGCGGAAGUACAAGCGAGAGAUGAACCUGAGGAAGAAGUGUCACAACGAGCUGGUCCGAUUAAAAGGUAACAUCCGGGUCUUCUGCCGGGUCCGACCCGUCAGUCAGGAGGAGCAGGACUCUGCAGAUAACAGAACCAUGCUGAGCUUUGACUCGGACGAUGACGCCAUCCUCUAUCUGUCCAGCAAGGGGAAGAUCAUGACGUUUGAGCUGGACAAAGUCUUCCCGCCGCAGGCCUCACAGGAGGAGGUGUUCCAGGAGGUCCAGGCUCUGGUCACUUCCUGCAUCGACGGCUUCAACGUCUGCAUCUUCGCCUACGGACAGACGGGCUCAGGGAAAACCUACACCAUGGAGGGUGUGGCUGAUAAUCCAGGCAUCAAUCAGCGCGCGCUCCGCCUGCUGUUCUCGGAGGUGACGGAGAAAGCUCCGGACUGGGACUACAGGAUCAUCGUCAGCAUGGUGGAGAUCUACAACGAGACGCUACGAGAUCUGCUCAGGGACAAUCCUACGGACAAACUGGACAUCAAGUUGAAUCCUGACGGCAGCGGACAGCUUUACGUCCCCGGACUCACCGAGAUCACAGUUCAGAGCCCCGAGGACAUCAACAAGGUGUUUGAGCUGGGUCACCUGAACAGAGCGACGGCGUGCACCAACCUGAACGAGCACAGCUCGCGCUCCCACGCCCUGCUCAUCAUCACCGUGUCUGGAUUAAACAGUACGACUCGAACCAGGACACAAGGGAAGCUGAACCUGGUGGACCUGGCGGGAUCGGAGCGGAUCGGGAAGUCCGGAGCCGAGGGCAGUCGGCUCAGAGAGGCCCAGUGCAUCAACAAGUCGCUGUCGGCGCUGGGCGACGUGAUCAGCGCGCUGCGCAGCAGACACGCCCACGUCCCCUUCAGGAACUCGCGGCUCACCUACCUGCUGCAGGACUCGCUGAGCGGAGACAGCAAGACCCUGAUGAUGGUCCAGGUGUCUCCGUUGCCAGGCAACAUGAGCGAGUCAGUCUGCUCGUUGAAGUUUGCUCAGCGCGUUCGCAGCGUGGAGCUCAGCUCGUCUUCGUCCAAGAGGCACGAGAACUCGUCCACCUCGUCCUCGCCAACACACGACAGCGUAGAGCUGGACUCUCCCCCCGUGACGCCCGUCCCCCUCCCCAUCUCCCGGGCCAGCAGCGCUGGCUCAACACUGUCCUCGGCCUCCAGAACUCCCAGUGGCUCCCGCAGGAGGUCCCAGUCACAGCUGUCUGCAGGUCGGAGCUGUCCCAGAGACGGAGCGCCAUCGCUGUCUGUCUGUCCCUCUACCUCUGUGUCCUCAUUCUGUGCUCUGAUUGGUUGGUUUCCAGACAGACAGGUAGACAGAGCCGGCCCAUUGGUGGGGGACGGUGGGCAGGACGACUGAAGCUGACGGCCUGAGGGACGCUGAGAAGUCCAGGGAGACGGCGGGGUGUGGGACAGCAGCCAGAGGACCGUCCUCUGGAAUCAACAUUUCUACUGUCAGAAGACUGGACCUUACAGAGCGGGUCAGAAUUGAUCUGUGAGCGGAAACCAUGAUGAGGAUGAUGAUGAUGAUGAUGAUGAUGACGAUGAUGACGAUGAUGACGAUGAUGAUGGACCGCCGAGACUCUGAGGACGCGUCUCCUAAACUGAACCCCCAUUGCUCUUCCUAUUUUCUCAUGUUGCACUUUAAUUUAGGUCGUUUUCUGAGUGACAGGUUUUUCUUUGAGGC